UCUCGAGCCAUGGCCCAGGCUCAAAAAUAGAAAAGUAUUCCAUCGCCUCGCCGUGGGUGCUCAAACCCUCUCUCUCUGUCUCGGAGCGCCGUCGCGAGCGAUUCCGGCGCGGAGACGCGGCGCGGCUGAUACGCGGCCGGGAGCACCGAUUUGGAGUGCAGGCUCGGUUGCGGCGAGGAUCGAUCGCUGGGGCGCAUGUACGGGCAGCGCCGCAGCGGGCUGCCCGUGGGCGACGACGGAGCAGCAUCCUGAUGCCCGCGCAUCGAUUGCCCCUGCUGCUGCUUGGUGCCCACUAGCCUUUGUAUGGCCCUUCUUGGUGCUGAUUACAUUCUGCUGCUGCUGCUGCUUGCGCCGCCGCCACCGUCGCCGCCGCUUCUUUCUCUUGCUCUACUUGGUUAUCCGAAAGCUCAGUGAACCAGGCUAGCUGUUGCAAUGCAACGUCCUGGAGAGGAAAUUUGCAGACUCAACUUAUGGGACAAGGGUCAGGUGUUCGCUGCUACCGAGAACCUCCAAAGGUCCAUUGAGCAGACCCCCUACUCGAUCCAGGCAGACACCAUCGUCUGCUGUUUCUCCCUCAGCAGGUGCCAGUCUGAAAGCAGCAGCUAUGCCGGUUAUGCAUCCAGUGACGGUGGCGACAAUCCAGCAAGCAGCAGUGCGCAACAGCUUCAUUACCCAUCACAUGCCCACAUGGACCCUGGGCAUGUCCAGCUUAUCUUACCGGGCUCUAUGACCCUGCUAGAGGAUAUUUUCCACAAUUAUGAAGUGACAUUCGGGCCUGGCUACAAGGAAAUUCUACUCCAAGCCUUCUUGGCCAACUCAGACAAAUUGUGCAGUUUUUUCUAUGAAGCGGAUGUCCCAUGGAUUCUUCGUAGAAGCACAAGGACCUUCAAGGAUCCUUCUGAGUGUACAGAAGAAUUGAUCACCAUGUUGAAAGUCAAUACCCAAGUCCUCUGUCUGAUGCAACAUCAGCUAUGUGAGCAGAGUCGACCAUUUGAGGAGUUAAAAAUAGGCUACUUCAACCAGUUUGCAAAGUGUCAUAUCAAGAAGCUCUUGGACAUUGCAGUUUGUCUUAGUGAGACAGUGUGGUCUGCCACUCAUAUUUGUCCCAUGCUGCUUGCCUAUGAGGCACUUAUGGAUGUCCUUCCUCUUAUUCAAAAGUUUGCUUCCAGUGAAUCUGAUGAUUUCUUUUCCAAUAUUUUACGCAACAUGAGGGAAGCUUUCAGGAAGUUAAUUGGCCAUAUCAAGCACUUCAUACAGUCCAAUAUGGAAAAGCAUCUGGAUGACGUUGCCAUUCAUCCAAUGACAUGUUUCCUCAUAUGCUCAAUAAAAUCCUUCGGGAGUCACAGAAAUUUAGUGCAAUCCACUCUAGCCCCUGGUGACAACUCCAGCUCAUUUGGCCAUCUUCUGUAUGACGUGAUUACUUGCUGGAAGUCUGUGCUCACUGAACAUUCAAACAUAUACCGUGCGGAUCUGCAGCGGCAAUACAUUUUCUUAUUGAACAAUGCAUAUCAUUUCAAUACAAAGACAGACGGUCUGUUGGAUGAGCUGCUAUCUGAUAGGCAGAUUAUUAAGCAGCAUGAUGACGAGUUCAAGCUACUCUUCAAGAAGUGGACUGAGAGUUGCACAGAAGAGGCUUGCACUCCAGCCAAGUCUUGUUUGAACCCCAACUGUUGGUGGGGCAGUCAGCGCCGGUCCCUGGUUGCAUUUACUUCAAAAUUCAACAAGACGUUUGAUCGUCAGAAAACUUGGAAGGUUCCCGAUGUCGUGCUACGGCAGGUACUAAAAGAUCGUAUACAGGAUUGCAUUCUGCCAGACUACACAAGGUGCCUUGAGAACUGUUCAAGUUCAGGACUAUUUUGUUCAUGUCUGCAGAUAGCUUCAGGAGACAUAUAUACCACAGAGACUUUAGAAACGACGGUGCAGGGCUUCUUUGAAGGAUAAACUGCAGAUCCUAGCUCUCUCUCUCUCUUAGAUGGAGCUCCAUUUCUCACUGUUGUUCUAGCACAACUGUGAAUAAUUGUAAUUAUAUAGCUUAGAAUACUAGAAGAACAAUACAUAUAUAUCAGGAAUAGGGCUCCUCCUCUGUACUUGUACCUGCGAUUGAGGAAGAAACUUGACAUGGAGUUGAAGGUAGUUUUCAUUAAGAUACAGCGCCUGUAUCUUGACUAUUUGACGAGUAGUGUAUGAUGUACUCCUUCCUAUA